GGGUCCUCCCAGCCCUCGGAGGCGCCACUGGCCGCCCGAGGCACUGCCACACUGACAUCUGGAACCUAAGGUAAAACGACAUCCGGGGUACAGGUAGACAGAAAGGGCGGUGUUGAGGAGUCCUGUGGCCUUAGGGAAUCGCUGGGGUUCACUAGGCUCCUCAGGGGUAAGACGUCCUCAGGAUUACAAACCCAGUUACUGCAUUUGCCGUCACUCCAUCGGGGAUAGUCCACUUCCGGGUCUUUAAACCAGGAAGUUGUGGUUGUGUCCAAUCUUGUUCCUCCUUCCGCACUCAGCUUUUGAGUCCGUCCCUCGACUGGACAGUGGCGGCCUAUGGCUACCAAUCAGCGCUCAGGGAAGGCGCAUGCGUCUUCGAACGAACGCGACCUACAGUGAGUUUUGACCUGAGGACCUCUUGUCUCCCCCUCCCUCUCUGUUAACAUGGCGCUUUCCGGAGUGUGUCUGGCUCGGGCAGCUGUGUGGGGCUCAGCGGUCACCCCUGGACCUUUUGUCACUCGGAGACUGCAACUUGGUCGCUGUAGUCUAGUCUCGGGGGCCCCUUGGUCUUCAAAGCUUCAUCUCUCUCCAAAGGUGGAUGUGAAGAGCAUGAUCUCUUACAUGGCGACCAAGACAAAAGCGGUUAAUGAGAAAUACCAUCGUUUCUUGGACCGUAAUUUCCCUCGCUUCUAUGUCCUGUACACAAUCUUCACGAAAGUUCCGCCGAGAUGUUGCCAAGUGUCUUUUCCUGGGUAUCAUUUCCAUUCCACCCUUUGCCAACUACCUGGUCUUCUUGCUAAUACACAGCAUGGUACUCAGCCAGCAGUAAAUGAUAUCCUGGUUCUGAGAGAGUGUUUCUCUAACCAUCCUCUGGGCAUGAACCAUCUCCAGGCUUUGCAGUUGAAAGUCUUGAGCCGGGCUAUGCUUCUCACACCUCACCUGCCUCCUUUCUUGUUGAGAAGCCGUUUGAAGAAUCAUACCACUGUGAUUCAUCAACUGGACAAAGCUUUGGCAAAGCUGGGGAUUGGUGAGCUGACUGCUCAAGAAGUGAAGUCGGCUUGUUAUCUCCGUGGCCUGAAUUCUACCCAUAUUGCUGAAGACAGAUGCCGAAUUUGGCUGGGAGAAUGGCUGCAGAUUUCCUGCAGCCUAAAAGAAGCUGAGCUGUCCCUCUUGCUGCACAGCGUGGUCCUGUUUUCCACCAACUACAUCAGGAAGAGGCACUGAGCGAACCGUGGCGUAGACGGCGUUGUCCUGCAGUCAACGUAAUAACAGCAGCAUGAGACCAAAUGGCACUAAUCAGCAGAGCCUGUGUGUACUGUUAGCUGUGUGGGAGCCUACGGAGCAGGUGCCACAGCCCUCAGUGUGGUACCCAUAGGAGGGCUACCAACAUUCCCCUUAGCGAGAGCUGAAACAAACCCUCUCAUCAGGGGUGGCCACGUGAGGUGUCAUCCUAACUCCCUCACAAUUGGCCAGAGUUGGUGACAGCUGCAUACUGGGCUUUUACUGUGACGUGUAAAUUUCAGGUCCUAGGAAGUGAGUUGGUGCCCCAGCUGGGAGUUCUUAUCUGACCUAGGACCCAUCCACUGCCAUAUUCUUAUAGCUGUGUUUAUUUAUUUUUUUUUAUGGGCCGGGGGGCGGGGGAGGUAAAGAUAAUUUCUGGCUGGUGGGAGCCGCACUGGUUAAACUGGAGCACUUACAUGUAUGCAUGUACUUUGAUACUCUCCUCAUGGUAUGACCAAAAGUAGGGAUUUUAUUUUGUUCUCAUUGGCAUGGACUAACCAUUCCCUUUCCUUUUCAAAUCCUUUGACCUUUAAAGUUGACCUUAACUUAAAAAACAAAGAAACAACUUCUGGGAACAGUUUAACAGAAAAGAUAAAAGGAAGCACAAGUGCUGCUUGACCCCUUCUCCAGCGUUUACAGCCUUCGUUCCCCGUGUCUUAACUUCCGGGCUGUAGGACAGCCCCUGUGGAUCUUAAACUCUUUGCUCCCUCUGCUGUGUUGCAGUGAUCCAGCUGUACCUGGCAGUGGCUGCCUUCUUUGAGCCAUGGAUCCAGUUCUGUAAGGUACUAAUUACUGCCCACCUGGGGAGGCCAGGGGAGGUCAGCAUCGAGAUAGAAAGUUAGGUUCAGCAUUUGUCUGUGUACACCAGUGACUUGUAGUAACUUACUGUAAAUGCAUGAAGCACUGUCUUUAAACCCAAGUAAAGACUGACUGAAACUAGUUGCUGGAAAUUACUUACGCACACACUAAUCAUUUUGCUAAGGCUCCUUUUGCAAGACUGACAUAACCUAACUAAUGGGGAGACAGCUGGUUGAAAUAGAACCUUCCAAGGGGAUAGCAGUUAUGAAGAAACUGAUUUGAAGCUGUUCCUCUUGAUGGGCAUCUUAAGAUGUCCUAAUAGGAAUAGAGAAUUUCGUAGAUUUGAAGUUAAUGGAAUUAACUUUCAACGGGGCAGGAGUGAGACCUGCUUCAGCUGAAGAGCUCUUGAUGUUCCAAAGAGAAUACUGUAUUUUCCCAUCUUAAAAUGUUUUUAUUGUUAACAUUAAUCCCUAACUGGCCCAAUUACUUUUAUAUACAGAGCUGAAGAAGCAUCCUUUCUCUAACAAGUACCUGAGUUGUGGCCUGCCAAGAAAAAGAAUAACAAACCAUCCUUUUGAAUAUUUCUUUAAUAUUACAUUUAAAUAUUCUCUUUAAAUACAGCAUUAUCACAAUGAAAAGGACCUAAAGGCAAAAAAAAAUUUUUUUUUCAGAGAACCAGACAAGCUUUGGAUUCACAUUGAAAAUACUACCUGUGUACAUUAUGUGAGAAAGGAAAUUGGAAAAUAAUAGGAGUUGCAAAGUCAUUUCUUUUAUCUAGGCCUAGACGGACCAGGACUGAAGCUAUCUGCUUCUGUGAUCAGAGGGCUAGCUUCCUAGCAACCAUGAACUAUAAGUCUCCUGUCCAACUCAGAUAGCACCAGAAAUGAGAUGCACUAGGUUUAGAAAAGGCCUUUUGCUCAACAAGAUAGUUACUGCUAAAUGUUAGUAUUUAGCAUUCAGAAGCUUGGAAUCAGUGUGAGUCAGAAUUAUAGUUAAUAAAGGGAUGGAUUUGAUUUAAGAAAGUAGUUUUUCAGAAAAAUCAACUAUCUUAUGGGUUGGGAAUGGGUUUAGUAAUUACAGCUUGAUCCCAAAGGCUAUUGUCUCUCACUGAGCAGCCGGAAUCCACUUUCCUAGAUGAAGCGGGAGCCUUCCUGAGGAGGGACUUUCAGAGAAGAUGCCUUUCUCCCUAAAAAAAAAAGAGUUAACUAA